AUGCCCGUCGCUCGUCGCCAAACCACGGACGGUGUCGUCGUGGUUCCUGCCACGUACGGCGGCUUCUCGAGCCUCUCCGCCGGCGCGAUAGUGGGUGUCACUCUCGGUGCCGUCGCCGGUUUCCUGCUCGUCCUUUGGAUGGUUUACACCUGUCUCAACUUCGGCCGGCCGGUCGAAACCUCGUCCUCAUCGGUGUACACUGGCACCGCCUCAGCCGUCUCGGUGCGGCGUUCCAAGAGCCGACAUCACCACCGCAAACAUCGCAGCCCGCGGGCGAGAGUGAUUGCAACGGAGCAGGUGCGGGUCAGAGAGAGCGUGAGUAGGCCGCCAGGUCCCGUCAUUAUUGAAGCGGCGCCCCCGCCAAUGCAAGAGCGGAGACACAGUAGGGUACCACCGCCGAGGGUUGUGACGGACGAUGAAGAGGACGAGGUGGUGGUGAUUGAGGAGCAUUCGCCGGAGAGGAGGAGGCGCCGCCACAUCAAGGAGAUUAAGACCGUCAUCCGGGACCUGGUCCAGGGAUCACCCGAGAAGCAGCAGAGUGCCCUCUACUCCAACUUCACCGAGGACGCCUCCUUCACCCACCCCUUUUGCCAUGUGCCAUCCUUUGGCAACGUCCAGAUCCCGUUCCUCUUCACCAUCAACUCGCGCUGGUUUGUCCUCAUGAUCUACCGCUGGUACCGGAUCUUGAGCCCCAACAUUGAAAUGGAGAUUGAAUCUUCCGUCCAAGACCAGAAGACCAACCUACUCUAUGUCAAGAUGCGCCAAGACUUCCGCUUGUGGUUUGUCCCCUUCUACUCGGCACCCGUCGACUUCGUCGUCGUCCUCCGCUUAGAGACCCGCACAAUCGACGCCAACGGCAACCCGCUGCCACGCGGAUACGGCGACGCCGCCUCCGUCGGUACCCGUCAGCGCCAGUUCAUCGUCAGCCAAGAGGACCACUACCAGGUCGGCGAGUGGCUCAAGUUUAUUGCCCCCUUCUUCGGCUACUGGGCCUGGCAUGUCUGGACCCUCUUCGCAACGCUGCUGUGUGUCGUCGGCGCCUUCUUUGGAUACCCCCUCACCUUGCUUUUUGGCCAGAUGGCUGGCCCCAACAGUAAUGGUAACGGGCAGGAGAACAAGCGGGAGUAG